AUCGCCGAUGGCCAUUUCGUCAGCUGCGUCAUGCCAGACUAUGCGGGUUCGCUAUAAAUCCUCAAUGAAUGGCGGGUAUAAAAACCCCUCCCCUUCCACACUAUGCUCCCCCGAACCCUCCUGACCCGAGCGACUUCCACCGCGCGUCGAUUGCCCACGCAAUUGCCAGCUUUUUCAACCGGAAUCCAACGUCUAGUCGCAUACCGAGCCAUGUCGAGCCGUAGCCUGACCGACGCGAUCAAGGAGGACCACCAGGAGAUGUACGAGUACUACGACAAGUACACUCAGGCCUCGGGAGAUGUCGAUGCGCAGGAGCGCUGGGCUCGCCAACUCAUCUGGGAGGUAGCCCGCCAUGCUGUGGGGGAGGAACUUGUCGUCUACCCGUUGAUGGAGCAGCAUAUGGGAGAGAAGGGCUUAAAGCUGGCCGAUCAGGAUCGUGCUGACCACCAGUACGUCAAGGAGAAGCUUUACCAGAUCGAGUCCAUGAGGCCCGGAAGCGAGGAGUACAGCACCCUCCUCGCCGCCGUCAUGAAGCACCUUCACGAGCACAACGACUCGGAGGAGCAGAAGGACCUCCCAGAGCUUGAGCCUCAUCUCGGUGCGGACGGAAGCGCUACGGCCGCGCAGAGCUUCAGCCGGACGAAGAAGUUCGUCCCGACACGCGCACACCCAUCCGCCCCCAACAAGCCUCCAUUCGAGACCGUCGUGGGGCUCAUGACCGCGCCGAUUGACAAGAUCAAGGAUGUGUUCGCCAAGUUCCCGACCGACGAGAUGAAGUCCGAGUAAGUUGCUUAGAAUGUACCUGUACUAUAGCUAUCAUUUGUACCAUAUCCGCAGUGUAUCACCAUCUUUCAAUUCAAAUUCAUACACGCAGCAUUGUCGAGCAUCGCAGACUCCGGAAUUGCCUCCGAGUAGUCGAACUUGUCAUGUGAUUGCACAAGAUUACCUAUUUGGGAACAAUGAAAACUUCCUUGACUUGGUCCUGCC